UCGAGCGAUCAAGCAGCAGUUUCAGCAUGCAGUAGCUACUAACACAUAACUUGAAUCGGAUGGACUUCCAAUGCAUCUAGAUGAUCUGGCAACAAUUCUCACUCCUCGUCUACUGAAGGGACCGCCUUCACAUGCACAGCCGACACUGCAUGCAGAAUCGUCCGGGGAGCAGCUCGCAACACCUACACACUCUCGGUCAGCCAAGCCCUCCCUCAUGUAAAGGAGUUGAGUGGCACAAGUCGAGACGCUUGUAUGAGGAAGCCAGCCCGUGUUUUCUCGCUUGCCGAAGCCACGCUGGAACCCUAAACUGAUUCUGAAGUACAGGAUAUCUCGCAAGAUCUGGCCAUAAUUUCUGCGAUAAAGCGAUCGGAUCAGUGGCUGCCGACUCUGGAGGAGUUUCUAGAGUGAGUGGCUUGGAGUGCAUUAUCGUAUCUGCAUUUUUUGGUUUGACGUAUCGAACUUCUUCGACAAUUCGAGCGUGGCAGCCAUGGGGAUUAUAGCCAUACUGGAUAUGCUCUGCUGCUGCUGCGAGGGCUGGCGGAGGAAACUGAAAAACUCCGAGUCCACCACGGCUAUUAUUCAGUCCCCUGUCAAAUCCCCUGCCAGAUCCCCCGCCAAACACCAUCACAAACGGUCAGCCAGUACUCCUUCCGAGCGAGCCUUCCAUUUCUUGGUGACGAAUCCCGUAGGACGGACGGAGCUGAGACACGUUCAGCCGGGUACCGAUCCGUAUUACAGCGAAGAGGAUAGCCCAUCGUCUGCCGAAGAGGUGUCGAAAUCUAACGAAGAUAUCCGAAGGAAUACGCUGUCCGCCCCGCCGACGCCUGAGCGAAAACGAAAGAGGAGCUUGGAGUCUGUUCGGUAUUCCUGCGAGCUUGGUCAGAUCCAGCCUGAACUUUACGUGACGGAAGACACCGGCUACAGUAAGCCGGCGACGGUCAUCAGCGGCAAGAAAAACAAGAAGGAUGAGGAGGUUGCGGAGGAGGUGUACGGCACAAUCUCACUGGCCAUCAAAUACGAGCAGCAUAGGCAAAGGGUAAUAGUCCAUCUGUACAACGUCACCGACCUUCCGGCUAAAGGUCAGCGAGAGGGCGCUGACACGAUAGUCCACGGCUGUCUCCUACCGGAUGAGAAAGUCGUCCUUAAAUCCAAGGUGGUCCGAGACACCUUGAACCCCAUCUUCGACGACUCGAUGGAGUUCAGCGUGGACCCGGCCAAGGAGUUCUCUCAGCAAGCCGUACGGCUGUCCGUAUACGACACGGAAAACUGCAGUAAGCUGUGCGCCAUCGCGCAUACGGUCAUCCCGCUGUCGGAUUGUGACAUGGAUGGCAAACAGAAGGAGCUGAAGAAGAGACUACAGAAGAAGUCUGAGCUUUCUGGGGACUUGGGCAAUCUUUACCUGUCGUUAGCCUAUCUGCCGUCACAAGACAGACUAUCCUGCUUCAUCGUCCGAGCGAAGGGGAUCGUUCCAGAAAAAGGGACCAAUGUAGAAAAUCUAGAAACUUACGUCAAAGUGUGCCUGAUGUGCGGCAGCGACAAGGUCAAGAGCCGCCGGACACCACCUGCGCGGGGCACCGUCGAUCCGGUCUUCACUGAGUCCCUGAGCUACGUCCUACCCAUGUCCUUCAUGGAGGAUUCCUUCCUGCUCAUCCAGGUCAUGCAAAAGGGCCACAACUUCAAGAAAGAUUCGGUCAUCGGACAAUUGAUCCUCGGUCCCUACACCUACACGCAGGGUCGCAGCCUGAGUCAUUGGGGGAAGAUGCUGAGCACGAGGGAGGCGUCCAAACAGUGGCAUGCGCUGUAUCUGUAAGGUACCGACCUUUGACCAGCGACGAGCUUCGUCUGGUACCAAGAAGGGAGUACUAUUCCAAAACGCUGAUUUCCGACGACAGGCAAUCGUUGCCAGCCUAUUGCGUGUCUAUCACCGUCUAAAUUUGAGCACUUAUAGCCCGUGGGUACAAGAGCACAAGAUUCUUACAAGAGAGUUUAAGCUCUCAAAACCAACCUCAAAAAAAAAAAAAAAACUAAGCUUGAGUUGUUCAUCCCAAAACAAAACCAAAGAUGGCUUCCGACAAAUAAAAUAUCCAAAGCUUGAAAGUUCGACGUCUAAAUAAAUAAAUUUUCAUAACCUGAAAUUCUAGGAAAUUUUCACGGGGACAAAAUUCCCAAUUUCGACAGGAAAAUAGGAGCAGAGGUCUUCUUUGCGUAAUUCGCCCUUCUAUAUUGGUACCGUCUAAUAAACAGAGCGAUCUCAGACUCUCAUGACAUCAUU